ACCACCCAUCCGUCUCCACCGAAAGUUUCAUGGGAUCAGGCCUCUCUAGCAGCCACCGGAGAAGCAGCGCCUCGCUCCACCAGCCGCCGGCCCUGGUCGUCGCGGCUGACGGCUCGCUGCGGGAGUUCGCGCCGGCGGCCUCCCCCGUCUCCGCCUCCGACGUGCUCGGCGCCGGCGGCAAUGCAGCGGCGGACGGCUCCUUCGUGUGCAGCUCCGACGCGCUCUACUUCGACGCGGACGUGCCCGCGCUCGGCGCCGACGAACUGCUCCGCCCGGGGCAGAUAUACUUCGUUCUCCCCACGGGGAUGCUCGGCCGCCCGCUCUCGACCGCCGACAUGGCCGCGCUAGCCGUGCGCGCGAGCGACGCGCUGGCGGCGAGGGCGCGGACGGCGCGUGCCCCCGCUGGGACCGGGAGUGGUUACGGGCGCGCGCGCCGCGGCGGCGGCGGCGGAUUCUUCCUCGCCACCAAUAAGGCGCGCGUUCUGCCGGCGCGCCACGCGUACGCCGACGAGGAGGUCAACGAGAAGCUGAACCAGAGGACCCUGGGAGGAUUCGAGACGGCGUCGCGGAGCCCGGCGAGAAGUGCCAGGGGACCCGCGGCGGCGGCGCGGCCGCCGAUGAGGAGGGCACUCAGCACCAUCAUGGAAGACACCGUUUGAUUAAAAAAGGCGGCUUGAAAGCGCGCGUAGGGGCUGAUUGAUAGGUUUUGUUUUUUCUUUGGAUUGACUUCCAAUUUAUUGAUGAUAGGAUGUUGAAGGUUAUACGAUAAAGAGUUUGAAAGGGUAGGAACUAGGAAACAUUGGUGUUUGGUUUUUGUGUAUACUCGACUAAAAAGUGUAAUGAAAUUUUGUUGCUCGACUUA